AUUUGUAAGAGCACCUCUUUGCCUGGCCAAAUAGCGCAGAACUAAACCAACACAUAUUAUGAUGCGUUCUUGGAUUUUCGAGUAUUAUUAUCCAACGAUAAGAUAAAAUUGUUGCCGAGAAGAGCAGCUGUCAGCUCCUAUACAGAAUAAAAUUGUUAGCAUUAAGUCUCUUCAGUAUGCUUUUCAUAUCUUGGUUGGCACGUCCUUCAUCUGAAUACCAGGCCUCCUGUUUAAAACAUAUAUUGCCUGAAUCAUUUAACUAUGAGGAAAAGCACAGGAAUGCUACAGAGAAGGCUCCUUUCUCCAAUCAAUUUUCUGAAGAACUUGGCAAGGACGGAUACACUCUCAGUCAUUCUAGAGUUAGAAUAGGCUCCGGACUCCAAGCUUACCAGAAAGGAAAACAGCUGCUCAAUAAGUGGGGACAUUUUCAGUUAAGGUGGGCAUGGGUGGAGUCCAGCACCUGCAUCAAAGUUGGGCAAAAAUUUUGUGUGUGUAGCCAGGAAUUAGUGCCCUGGAUAUUGAUGCCACUCCAGAUUUUAUAUGUCAAUGACCAUAAAUCCUCAAACGACAUCCACCCUUCUCCUAGCUAUAACACUGUGGGUUUGAGGAAUGUGCCAAAUAUUCCAAAUCUUAAGGCAAUUUACUGUUUUGGAAGUGGAACUCUUCAGGGUCAUCUGUUGGCCGGGGAGGAAAGAUUUUCUGUUGAGUUGGAUGAAGAUGAUAAUGUUUGGUAUGAGAUACUUUCGUUUUCAAGACCAGCACAUGUUUUGUCUUUCGUGGCACAGCCAUAUGUUUGUCUGAAACAAAAAAUCUUUGCCCAACAAUCAACACAAGCAAUGCUGAAAGCUAUUUCAGAAAGAGGGGUUUAAACUUGCUUCGAUACUCAAAAUAAGCUCUUGAAAGAUUUUCUGGUCUUGUACAUUUGGUUAUGCUUCCAAAGCUGUUAUAUUUCAGGUUUGCCUCGAAUGAACAACCUUCUUUUGUCAUGUUUGAGGUGUUGUUUCUCACCAACAAGGUGAGGUGGUAAUUAGAAUGCAAGACUCAAAGGAGAGAAAAGAAAAAACCUCCAUUAUUGUACAUAUAAUUCUAAUAAAAAAUUUCAAUAUUAAACCC